ACCACUCAUAGCAGCAGUCGUAGUCGCAGCCAUAGAAAUUCCCAUGCCCAGACUCCCAUACUUCUCAGCAGCAACAACCCAUCUAAGAUCAUUGUUCUGCGUUCAGUCAAAACCCAUCUCGUCAACAUGUUCUUCCCCUUUCAGCACUCUUGCAGUGCCAACACAUGACCACAUUGCCCGUCUGAUACUAGACCAAAAAUCACCGUCCCAAGCUCUGCAAACCUUCAAAUGGGCUUCGGAGCUCUCCAAUUUCACCCACUCUCAAUCCACCUACUGCGCUUUGAUACACAAGCUCUGCACUUUCCGUCGCUUUGACACUGUCCAGGACCUGCUCGACGAAAUGCCUGGCUCAAUUGGGAUGCCCCCGGAUGAAGAUAUUUUCGUCACAAUUGUUCGGGGCCUUGGUCGUGCUCGUAUGAUACGAGAUGUGAUCAAGGUUCUUGAUUUGGUGUCUAAAUUCGAUAAGACUCCUUCUUUGAAGAUUUUUAACUCCAUUCUUGAUGUUCUAGUUAAGGAAAAUAUUGAUUUGGCCAGGGAGUUUUACAGGAAGAAGAUGAUGGCAACUGGUGUGCAAGGUGAUGAUUACACCUUUGGGAUCUUGAUGAAGGGUCUUUGCUUGACUAAUAGAAUUGGUGAUGGUUUUAAGCUUUUGCAAGUCAUGAAGUCUAGAGGUAUAACACCAAAUACUGUGAUCUAUAACACUUUAAUUCAUGCUCUCUGCAAGAACGGGAAAGUUGGGAGGGCGAGAAGCUUGAUGAAUGAGAUCCGGGAGCCUAAUGAUGUUACUUUUAAUAUCUUGAUAUCUGCUUAUUGUAAAGAAGAGAAUUUAGUUCAAGCUUUUGUGUUGUUAGAGAAGAGUUUCAACAUGGGGUUUGUACCUGAUGUCAUCACCGUUACUAAGGUGCUGGAAAUUCUAUGCAAUGCAGGCCGUGUAACUGAGGCUGUUGAGAUUUUAGAGAGAGUUGAGGGGAAGGGAGGAAGGGUUGAUGUUGUAGCUUAUAACACUUUACUAAAAGGUUAUUGUAGAUUGGGGAAGGUCAAAGUUGCACAUCUCAUUCUAAAGGAGAUGGAGUGUAAAGGCUGCCUUCCUAAUGUGGACACUUAUAAUUCCUUGAUCUCUGGUUUCUCUGGGUCUGGGAUGUUGGAUUCAGCUCUGGAUAUGUUCAAUGAUAUGAAGACAGAUGGGAUCAGCUGGAACUUUGUUACCUAUGAUACAUUAAUCAAAGGGUUGUGCUCAGCAGGGAGGAUGGAAGAUGGGUUUAAGAUAUUAGAGCUGAUGGAGGAGAGUAAGGGACGUUCUGUGGGACAUAUUAGCCCCUAUAACAGUGUGUUAUAUGGUUUAUACAAGGAGAACCGUUUAGAAGAAGCACUGGAGUUCCUUUCUGAGAUGGAUAAAUUAUUUCCUAGGGCUGUUGAUAGGAGCUUUAGAAUACUUAAAUUUUGCAAGGAAGGCAGUAUUGAGAAUGCAAAGAGAAUUUAUGAUCAGAUGACCGGGGAAGGAGGAAGUCCAAGUGCUCUAGUUUAUGAUUGCUUAAUCAAUGGAUAUUGCCAAGAAGGGUGUAUGUGGGAAGCUAUCGACCUGAUGAAUGAGAUGGUUGGUUGUGGUUAUUACCCUGUUUCAUCCACAUUCAAUGCCUUAAUUAGUGGGUUUUGCAGGCAAGGUAAAAUCUGUAGUGCUCUAAAGCUAAAAGAGGACAUGGUCAGCAGAGGUUGCAUACCUGAUGUAAGGAGCUAUGGUGAACUGAUUGAUGCUUUUUGUAAGGAAGGGGAUUCUCAGAUGGCUUUAGAGCUCUUGUUCCAAAUGGUUGAAAAAGAUAUCAUCCCUGAUUAUUCAACAUGGAAUUCCUUGCUCCUCUGUCUCAGUCAAGAACGAGCAUGGUUACAGAACAAGACCAUGUCCCUUGUACAUAAUCUAUUACAACGGAUUACUGAGGCAUGAAUUAUUGGCAAGGUUGAGUCCACUUCUUCAGAAUCAGAACGGUAUUUGGAUGUUAGCAUCAGCAAGGCAGAGCCGCCAAACUUCUAUGUUGAACAUUCAGUCUUAACAUAUGAUGGAGGAUAUGCUGCAUUUAGAACUGGCUCAGCCCACAGAAUUGAAACCUAAGGGUAAAAGGAAAUGGUCAAAGUUGCAUUGUGCUGAAAGUCCAUAGCUUCGCCAGAUUUUGAUCUGGCAAUCUAGUUUUCAAAAUAUUGUCUCUUGAAGGCACGUAGAACUUUCCAGCGAGAACUACAGCCGAAGAAGAAGCAUGAUUUUUCAAAAGAAAGGUGUCUCUAUCAAAUGGUCCACAAAAGAGGUUAUGUCUCCACAGCUUAUCCGGAAGCUGAUAAUUUCACCCACAGAUUUUGAUUGAGCUAAUGCUAGUUAUUAGACAAAUCCAGCUCCGUGCUUAAGUUGUUCCACCGUCCAACAAAAUCAACACAAACGCAUUCCCUUGUACCGUCCAUUCUCUAGCAUGUAGUUUGGAAAAAAAAGGAAAAUAUCUUACCUUUUAUCAUAUUAUCACAUUAUUUUUUUAUGUUAGAGAUAUCUUUUCAAAGUUGCCUUGUUUUUUUUGUUAUUGUUUUCAAGAUUGAUGUCGAUUUCAAUUUGGGUUUU